AUGGCCCCACCUCACAGCUUCUCAUCCCCCAGCUUCUCCGUGCAGGUGGUUCUUACCGUGGCAAAUGAUGUCGUGCCGUACUUCAAAACGGAGCCGGGCCUGCCGCAGGUUCACCUGGAAGGGAACCGCCUUGUCCUCACCUGCCUGGCGGAGGGGAGCUGGCCUCUGGAGUUCAAGUGGCUGCACAAUGACACCGAACUCACCACCUACACCAGCGAAUACAAGUAUAUAAUCCCAUCGUUGCAGAGGAUGGAUGCUGGGUUUUACCGCUGCGUGGUGCGAAACAGAAUGGGAGCGCUCCUGCAGAGAAGAUCGGAAGUCCAAGUCGCAUAUAUGGGAAAUUUCGUGGCUACAGACCAGAGGAAAACGGUUCCUCAAGGACAGGCAGCUGUUCUUGACUUACUGCCCAUCAGCAGCUACCCCAGACCUCAAGUGACCUGGUUCAGAGAAGGACACAAGAUUAUUCCCAGCAACAGAAUAGCCAUCACGCUGGAGCAUCAGCUGGUGAUCCUGGCGGUGACAGCAGGUGAUGCCGGGGCCUACUACGUGCAGGCUGUCAACGAGCGGAACGGAGAGAACAAGACCAGCCCGCCCAUUCACCUGAGCGUAGCCAGGGACGUCGGUGCACCCGGAACCAUGGCCCCCGUCAUCGUGAUUCCCCCGGGCAACAGAAGCGUGGUGGCGGGGUCCAGCGAGGUCACCUUGGAGUGCAUAGCAAAUGCCAGGCCCCUCGAGGAGCUGAGUGUGAGCUGGAAGAGGAACGGGGUGACCCUGGCCAGCGGGCUCCGCAGCUUCGGGCGGCGCCUCACCAUCAGCAGCCCAACCACCUCGGACACCGGGGAGUACGUCUGCGAGGCGGCGCUGGCGGGGAGCGCCUCCGAACCAGCCCGCGCGAAGGCCUUCGUCUCCAUCACAGAGCCGCCGUACUUCACUGCCGUGCCCGAGAGUCGGAUCCUGGUGGAAGUGGAGGACACCGUGGACAUGGCGUGUGAAGCCGUGGGGGCCCCUCUUCCCCAGCUGCAGUGGUUCAAGGACGCCGUGCCCGUCAGCCAGCUCCAGAACCCCCGGUACCGACUGCUGCCGGCGGGGGGCCUGCGCAUCCAGGAGCUGCGUCCGGAGGACUCCGGGGUCUUCCAGUGCUUCGCCAGCAACGAAGGCGGCGAGGUGCAGACCUGCACCUACCUGGACGUCACCAAUGUCGCACCAGCCUUCACUCAGCUUCCGGCGGACACCACGGUCACCGACGGGAUGACAGCCACGCUGAGGUGCGAGGUGUCCGGGGCUCCGAAACCCGCCAUCACCUGGAGGAGAGGGAACCACAUUCUGGCCAGCGGCUCCGUGCGGAUCCCUAGGUUCAUGCUGCUCGAAUCCGGGGGCCUGCAGAUCACCCCUGUCUUCAUCCAAGAUGCUGGCACCUACACCUGCUACGCAGCCAACACGGAGGGGUCCCUGAACGCGUCGGCCACGCUCACCGUGUGGAAUCGAACGUCCAUUGUCAACCCUCCCGAGGACCGCGUGGUGAUCAAGGGGACCACCGCCACGCUGCACUGCAGAGCCACACACGACCCCCGCAUCUCCCUCCGCUACGUCUGGAAGAAGGACAACGUGGUCAUCAGCCCGUCCAGCAGUUCCAGAGUCGUGGUGGAGAAGGACGGGUCCCUGCUCAUCAGCCAGACGUGGUCGGGCGACAUCGGAGACUACACCUGCGAUAUCAUCUCCGAAGGCGGGAACGACUCCAGGACGGCCCGGCUGGAAGUGAUAGAACUGCCCCACCCCCCGCAGAACCUCCUGGCCAGGCUGAACGCCUCCCAGAGCCACGCGGUGCUGCUGUCCUGGGUCCGCCCCUUCGACGGGAACAGCCCUGUGCUGCGCUACGUGGUGGAGCUGUCGGAAAACAACUCUCCAUGGAAAGUGCAUCUGUCAGACGUGGGCCCCGAGAUGACAGGCGUCACCGUGCGAGGCCUGACUCCGGCUCGCACCUACCAGUUCAGGGUGUGCGCCGUGAACCAAGUGGGCAAGGGCCAGUACAGCGCGGAGACGAGCAGGUUGAUGUUACCUGAAGAACCACCCAGUGCUCCCCCGAAAAAUAUAGUGGCCAGUGGGCGUACCAAUCAGUCCAUCAUGGUGCAGUGGCAGCCGCCCCCCGAGACGGAGCACAACGGGGUGCUGCGCGGGUACAUCCUCAGGUACCGCCUGGCCGGCCUGCCUGGAGAGCACCAGCAGAGGGACGUCGCCAGCCCCGAGGUCAGCUACUGCCUGCUGACUGAGCUCAUCGUCUGGACGCAGUACGAGAUCCAGGUGGCCGCCUACAACAGCGCCGGCCUGGGAGUCUUCAGCAGGGCGGUGACCGAGUACACCUUACAAGGAGUGCCCACCGCGCCCCCACAGAACGUGCAGGCGGAAGCUGUGAACUCCACGAGCAUCCGGUUCCUGUGGAACCCCCCGCCUCAGCAGUUCGUCAACGGCAUCAACCAGGGAUACAAGCUCCUGGCGUGGCCCGCCGAUGUCCCCGAGGCCGUCACUGCCGUCACCAUUGCUCCGGACUUCCACGGAGUCCACCACGGCUACAUCACCAGCCUGAGGAAGUUCACCGCGUACUUCACGUCAGCCCUGUGCUUCACCACGCCCGGGGACGGGCCCCCGAGUGCGCCCCAGCUCGUCUGGACUCACGAAGACAAACCAGGAGCUGUGGGCCACCUGAGCUUCACGGAGAUCCUGGGCACAUCGCUCAAGGUCAGCUGGCAGGAGCCCCUGGAGAAGAAUGGCAUCAUUGCGGGCUACCGGAUCUCCUGGGAGGUGUACGGGAGGAAUGACUCCCGGCUCACAGACACCCUCAACAGCACGACGCACGAAUACAAAAUCCAAGGGCUGUCUUCGCUCACCACCUACACCAUCGAAGUGGCUGCCGUCACAGCAGUGGGCGCUGGCCUGGUGACCUCGUCCACCAUUUCCUCCGGCGUGCCCCCAGAGCUCCCUGGAGCCCCGUCCAACCUGGUCAUCUCCAACAUCAGCCCCCGCUCAGCCACUCUGCAGUUCCGGCCGGGCUACGACGGGAAGACGUCCAUCUCCCGGUGGAUCGUGGAGGGCCAGGUGGGAGCCAUCGGCGACGAGGAGGAGUGGGUCAGCCUGUACGAGGAGGACAAUGAGCCCGACGCGCAGACGCUGGAGAUCCCAAACCUCACGCCCUACACUCACUACAGGUUCCGGAUGAGGCAGGUGAACGUGGUCGGGGCCAGCCCCUUCAGUCAGUCCUCUCGGGUCAUCCAGACGCUGCAGGCGCCCCCCGACGCCGCUCCGGCCAGCGUCACCGUCCGGACGGCCAGCGAGACCAGCCUGCGGCUGCGCUGGGUGCCCCUGCCCGACUCCCAGUACAACGGGAACCCCGAGUCCGUGGGCUACCGGGUCAAGUACUGGCGCCCGGACCUGCCGUCCUCUGCCCUGGCACACGUGGUCAGCGACCGGCUGGAGCGGGAGCUCACCAUCGAGGAGCUGGAGGAGUGGACGGAGUACGAGGUGCAGAUUCAGGCCUUCAACGCCAUCGGGGCCGGGCCCUGGAGCGAGGUGGUCCGCGGGCGCACGCGGGAGUCAGUUCCCUCGGCGGCUCCUGACAACGUGUCGGCCGUGGCGGUCAGCUCGACCCAGAUCCUACUGACAUGGGCUUCGGUGCCCACGCAGGACCAGAACGGGCUCAUACUGGGCUACAAGAUCCUGUUCCGGGCCAAGGACCUGGACCCUGAGCCCAGCAGCCAGGUGGUGCGCGGGAACCACACCCAGUCGGCGCUCCUGGCCGGGCUGCGUAAAUUCGCCGUGUACGAGCUGCAGGUGCUGGCGUUCACGCGCAUCGGGAACGGGGUCCCCAGCUCGCCCCUCGUCCUGGAGCGCACCAAAGACGACGCCCCAGGCCCCCCGGUGAGGCUGGUGUUCCCGGAAGUGAGGCUCACGUCGGUGCGGACGGUGUGGCAGCCACCAGAGGAGCCCAACGGCGUCAUUCUGGGGUACCAGAUCGCCUACCGCCUGGCCAGCAGCAGCCCCAACAUGUUCACCACCGUGGAGGUCGGGGCCACCGUCAGGCAGUUCACAGCCACGGAGCUGGCCCCGGAGUCGGCCUACGUCUUCAGGCUGUCCGCCAAGACGCGGCAGGGCUGGGGGGAGCCCCUGGAGGCCACCGUCAUCACCACCGAGAAGAGAGAGCGGCCAGCGCCCCCCAGAGAGCUGCUGGUGCCCCAGACAGAAGUGACGGCUCGCAGCCUCCGGCUCCAGUGGGUCCCGGGCAGCGACGGGGCCUCGCCCAUCCGCUACUUCACCGUGCAGGUGCGGGAGCUGCCCAGGGGACAGUGGCACACCUACUCCUCGUCCGUCAGCCACGAGGCCACAGCCUGUGCCAUCGAAAGGCUGAGGCCCUUCACUUCCUAUAAGCUGCGCCUGAAGGCCACCAACGACAUUGGGGACAGUGACUUCAGCACGGAGACGGAGGCGGUGACCACGCUGCAGGAAGUUCCAGGGGAGCCCCCAAGUUCUGUGUCGGUGACGCCCCACACCACCUCCUCUGUCCUCAUCCAGUGGCAGCCUCCCAGGGAUGAGAGCCUGAACGGCCUGCUCCAGGGCUACCGGAUCUACUACCGGGAGCUGGAGUCCGAGGCGGCCGCAGCCACCGGGUCCAAGGCGCUCAAAAGCCCCUCGGCGUUACGGAGCGAGCUCGCAGCCCACGGCAGCUUCAGGACCGUGAACAGCAGCUCCACGCUGACCACAUAUGAGUUGACACAUCUGAAGAAGUACCGGCGCUACGAGGUGGUCCUGACGGCCUACAACAUCAUCGGGGAGAGCCCGGCCACUGCGCCCGUGGAGGUCUUCGUCGGCGAGGCCGCCCCGGCCAUGGCCCCGCAGAACGUCCAGGUGAACCCGCUCACGGCCAGCCAGCUGGAGGUCACGUGGGAGCCGCCGCCGCCCAAGAGCCAGAACGGGAACGUCCAGGGCUACAAGAUUUACUACUGGGAGGCAGCCAGCCAGAAUGAAACGGAGAAGAUGAAGGUGCUGUUUCUGCCGGAGACCACCGUGAAGCUGAAGAACCUGACCAGCCACACCCGCUACCUGGUCAGCAUCUCCGCCUUCAACGCCGCUGGAGAUGGGCCCAGAAGUGACCCGCGGCAGGGGCGCACCCACCAGGCCGCGCCCGGGAGCCCCAGCUUUCUGGCCUUCUCAGAAGUAACCUCCACCACGCUCAACGUCUCCUGGGGGGAGCCGGCGGCCGCCAACGGCAUCCUGCAGGGCUACCGCGUGGUGUACGAGCCCUUGGCGCCUGUGCAAGGGGUGAGCAAGGUGGUGACCGUGGACGUCACGGGGAACGGGCAGCGCUGGCUGAAGGUGCGGGACCUCACCAAGGGCGUGACCUACUUCUUCCGAGUCCAAGCGCGGACCAUCGCCUACGGGCCCGAGCUGCAGGCCAACGUCACAGCCGGGCCGGCCGAGGGCUCCCCGGAGUCCCCGAGAGAUGUCUUGGUCACCAAGUCCGCCUCUGAGCUGACCCUGCGGUGGACCGAGGGGUAUGCCGGCCGGGCGCCCACCACGGGCUACGUCAUAGAGGCCAGGCCCUCAGAUGAAGGCCUGUGGGACACGUUCGUGAAGGACAUCCCCCGGAGCGCCACGUCCUACACCAUCAGCCUGGACAGGCUCCGGCCAGGAGUGACCUACGAGUUCCGGGUGGUCGCCGUGAACCAGAUGGGCUACGGGGAGCCCAGCAGCCCGUCCACGGCCGUGUCAGCUCAGGCGGACACUCCGUUCUACGGGGAGUGGCAGUUCCUCCUGGUGAUGGCGCUCUCCACCCUGAUCAUCACCCUGCUGGUGCUGCUGGCGCUGGCGCUGCGGGGCCGGAGCGGGACGCACAGGAGCUGCAGCGCAGGAAAGAGCGUGUCCACCAUGGAGGAGUCCGUGACCCUGGACAACGGCGGCUUCGCGGCCCUGGAGCUCAACAGCCGCCACCUCAAUGUCAAGAACACCUUCUCGAAGAAGAACGGAACCAGGUCCCCACCGCGGCCCAGCCCCGGCGGGCUGCACUACUCGGACGAGGACCUGAGCACCAAGUACAACGGGGCGGCGCUGACCGAGAGCGUGAACCUCACCGAGAAGUCGGUGGACGCGUCGGAGUCUGAGGACACAGACUCUGGGUCGGAGGACGCUCCCCCCCAGCACUCCUUCGUCAACCACUACCUGAGCGACCCCACCUACUACAACUCCUGGAAGCGGCGGGCGCCGGGCGGGCGGGCGGCCCCGCACCGGUACGAGGCGGUGGCCGGGGGCGAGGGCCCACACCUGCACACGGUGGUCACCACGCAGAGCGCCGUGUUCACACCCGCCGGCCCCGGCACCCGGACUCCGCUCACCGGCUUCUCCUCCUUCGUGUGA